GAAAAAAAAGAAAAAAUCAAAAGGAAAUGUGGAAAAAAUGACAAGAAGAUAUUGGAACAUCAAUUUGAAAGAGAUGGUAGAAGCAGGAGUUCAUUUUGGCCAUGGUAUUAAGAAAUGGAAUCCGAAGAUGGCCCCUUACAUUUCGGCAAAGCGCAAAGGUACUCAUAUUAUAAAUCUCGCUAGAACGGCUCGUUUUUUAUCAGAAGCUUGUGAUUUAGUUUUUGAUGCAGCAAGUCAGGGAAAAAGUUUCUUAAUUGUUGGUACAAAAAAAAGAGCGACGGAUUUAGUAGCAUCAGCUGCAAUAAGGGCUCGUUGUCAUUAUGUUAAUAAAAAGUGGUUCAGUGGUAUGUUAACUAAUUGGUCGAUAACGAAAACUAGACUUUCUCAAUUUAGAGACUUAAGAGCAGAAGAAAAAAUGGGAAAAUUCCAACAUCUCCCAAAAAGAGAUGUGGCAAUCUUGAAGAGAAAAUUAUCUACCUUGCAAAGAUAUCUCGGCGGGAUCAAAUAUAUGACGAGAUUGCCAGACAUUGUGAUCGUCCUUGAUCAGCAAAAAGAGUAUAUAGCUCUUCGGGAAUGUGCCAUUUUGGGGAUUCCUACUAUUUCUUUAGUCGAUACAAAUUGCGACCCGGAUCUCGCGAAUAUAUCGAUUCCAGCCAACGAUGACACUAUGACUUCAAUUCGAUUGAUUCUUAACAAAUUAGUAUUUGCAAUUUGUGAGGGCCAUUCUCUCUAUAUAAGAAAUCAUUGAUUAAGAAGAAUAGUGAAUUCUUGGGCAACAGCGUAGAUUUAUGGAAUCACUUACUAUUCUUUUUUGUUUUGCAUAGAAAAAAGAAGGGGAAUAUUGAUAUAUAUUAGAGGGUAAAGAAGGGGAAUAUUGAUAUAUAUUAGAGGGUAUUGAUAUAUAUUAUGAUCUGAUGUGCUUUCUUGGUAUCCUAAAUAUAAGAUUAAUACUUCAAGUUGCUGAGUUGAGAAAGAGAUGGUUGAAUCAAAAGAAUUCCUUUUUUGAAGUUCAAUUUUUAUCAGAGGACAGACAAUAUGAAUAUUAUACCUUGUUCCAUUAAAACACUCAAGGGGUUAUACGAUAUAUCGGGUGUAGAAGUAGGCCAACACUUCUAUUGGCAAAUAGGAAGUUUCCAAAUUCAUGCCCAAGUACUCAUCACUUCUUGGGUUGUAAUUACUAUCUUGCUAGGUUCAGUUGUCAUAGCUGUUCGGAAUCCACAAACCGUACCGAUGGACGGUCAGAAUUUCUUUGAAUAUGUCCUUGAGUUUAUUCGAGACUUGAGCAAAACUCAGAUUGGAGAAGAAUAUGGUCCCUGGGUUCCAUUUAUUGGAACUAUGUUCCUUUUUAUUUUUGUUUCGAAUUGGUCGGGUGCUCUUUUACCUUGGAAAAUUAUAGAGCUACCCCAUGGGGAAUUAGCAGCACCCACGAAUGAUAUAAAUACUACUGUUGCUUUAGCUUUACUCACGUCAGCAGCAUAUUUUUAUGCGGGUCUUAGCAAAAAAGGAUUGAGCUAUUUCGAGAAAUAUAUUAAACCAACUCCAAUCCUUUUACCAAUUAACAUACUAGAGGAUUUCACAAAACCAUUAUCGCUUAGCUUUCGACUUUUUGGGAAUAUAUUGGCGGAUGAAUUAGUUGUUGUUGUUCUUGUUUCUUUAGUCCCCUUAGUAGUCCCUAUACCUGUCAUGUUUCUUGGAUUAUUUACAAGCGGUAUUCAAGCUCUUAUUUUUGCAACAUUAGCCGCAGCCUAUAUAGGUGAAUCCAUGGAGGGUCAUCAUUGAAUUGACUAGUUUUAAAAUAGUCUUUUUUUUUAGCUUAGCUCAAUUCAUGCACGGUUACGGACUUGGUUGCAAAAAAAUAGUUAGAAAUGCAUAUGAAUAUACAACCUAGAGUUGUAGGAGAGAGAAUAGACUCUAUUAUGGAGUUGGCAAAAUAUGCAGUAAGGAGGGUGGAAUCAGGCUAGAUCUAUACUAUAAUUAUAUAUCCUUAAUGUCUAUAAGUGGAGUCAUCUUUUGUGCGGGUUUCCGCUUUAAGGAAUGAUUUUAGAA